ACGGUAUUGAUCAACCUCGGGCUUUACGUCAGUAUUGAUAACUUUGCCAAAGCAAAAUCAAGUGCAAUUGUCCAGUUAAUGUUGCGAAAGGAGGCUCGGACACAUUUACCUCUUCAGUUUUUAAAGAGUCGGGCAGUUCGCCAAAAAAAAAACUGUCCACUUUUUCUUUUUUCUUUCUUUUUUCCCGUCUUACUUCCACGUUUUAAAACAUGUUGGCAGACUUGUCAAACACAUCGGUGGACUUUCGUGUUAAGUCUGUUGAUUACUUUUCUUAAAAAAAAAAAGUGGGACCGGUGAUCGUAAACGUUUAACGAGGGGGAAUCCAGCCCACAUAUUUAUUGCAGCCGCUGAAAAAAAUCUCCUCAAUAUCCCCCAAGAUGGCCGCCGAUGUAGGAUCGAUGUUUCAAUAUUGGAAGAAAUUUGAUCUACGGCGGCUUCAGAGGGAGCUAAACUCUGUAGCGUCUGAGCUGGCGGGUCGACAAGAGGAGAGCGAACAUUCCCACAAGCACCUGGUAGAGCUGAGCAGGGAGUUCAAGAGAAAUGUCCCUGAGGAGGUCCGGGAGAUGGUGGCACCUGUUCUCAAGAGUUUCCAAGCCCAGGUGGUUGCUCUGAACAAGCGCAGUAAGGAGGCAGAGUCUGCAUUCUUGGGAAUCUACAAACAGCUUAUCGAGGCCCCAGAUCCGGCUCCUGUGCUGGAGGCCUCGCAUUCCCUGGAGGAACGGCUGCAGCAGCUUCAGAGUUCGGCUCCUGACAGCGAGGCCCUGGUACGAGAGAUCAGUGGGCACUGGAAGAAACACCUGGAGUGCCUUGAAAAGACAGAGCCUACAGAGGACUGUCCAGCAGAAGCAGGUGCAGCCGUGAAAGAGGAAGCCUCAGAGUCCAGCUCUUUAGACCCCCUAAUGACUCCUAACAGCACACCGGCUCCUGGAGCCCCCGCGUCCCCACAACAGAACCACCAGGACCGGGCCGAGGACCGAGGGGAGGAGGAGGAGAGCGCUGAUGUUAGUUUGCCUGACAGACUAUCAGAGGCCAAGGAGAAGAUCAAAGUUCUGCAUUCAUCUUUGAGUGCUGCACAGACGGAGCUGCUGGACCUGCGGUGUAAAUACAACCAGGCGAUGGCUAACAAGGCAGCAGAAGUCGACGCCAUCAUGGCAAAUCUUGAGAAAACCAACCAGAAAGCAGAAAUGGCUCAGAGGGAAGUGGAGAGGCUAAAGGAGCAGUUGGCCAGUGGCCCCAGUGCCACCGCAGGGGGCUGUCCUCCGGCAGAGGGCACAAGCAGGGAGAAGAACGAGAAGGGCGACGUGUUGCCCUCCCAGCUGGAGGCCGCCUUGUUGGCUAAAGACAGAGAAAUCCUCCGCCUUCUUGAAAAUAUUCAGCGGCUGCAGUUCACACUACAGGAAGUUCAAGAAACCUCUGCCAAUCGGAUCCUAGAGCUGGAACGCCAGCUGGCCUAUAAGACGGAGGCCAUCGAGAGAUUAGAAGCUAAGCUGCAAUCCCAGAUGGACUAUGAGGAGAUUAAAACUGAACUCAGUAUCCUAAAGGUUAUGAAACUGGCUUCAGCAAACGGCAACUCGUCCCAGGAUUCUGCCAAAGCUACAGAGGCUCUUUUGCUGGAUAAAGAGGCUUUUCUUCCAUCUCACAAGUACUUAGUGGAUAAAACCCGAAUAUUGCACAGCAAUGAUGAUGAUCAUUCUGAGGAUGCAGGCAGGGAGAUAGGCAGGCCGCCCGGAUCCCUCUCAUCUUCCUCUCAGGCUGACAGUCGUGCCUCCCCCAGCCCAGGUCCCCCCAACCUGGACAGCUCCUCCUCCAGCCACGAUCUCCCGCGUUCUUUUUCUGUGUCGCCAUGUUCUGGGGACCGACUGUCAGGUGACCACAUCCUUCAUAAGCAGCUCCUCUCGCCACACUUUAAAAAGGAUGGCCUCAUGGCUUUCCCCACCGCCCUCUAUGCAGCCAAAGUUGCACUCAUGUCAGCCUCUCAAGGGUCUGGGGGAGCAGGCAGCGGUGACACCGGCCUGCCUAGCGACCAGUCAGAAAGCGGCAGCUCGACUACAGGAGACGAUGACCAACUGGACACAGCUGAGAUCGCGUUUCAGGUGAAGGAGCAGCUGCUGAAGCAUAACAUUGGCCAGCGAGUGUUUGGCCACUAUGUGCUGGGCCUCUCCCAGGGCUCAGUCAGUGAAAUCCUGGCAAGACCCAAACCCUGGAGGAAGCUGACGGUGAAAGGCAAGGAACCUUUUAUUAAGAUGAAGCAGUUUCUCUCUGAUGAACAGAACAUCUUGGCCCUCAGGACCAUCCAGGUACGACAGAGAGGGAGCAUCACUCCACGCAUCCGAACUCCUGAAACUGGGUCAGACGACGCCAUCAGGAAUAUCCUGGAGCAGGCCAAGAAGGAGAUCCAGUCCCAGAGGGGAGGUGAGGAUGAAAAUUUGAGUCGUGAUGGCAAGUCAUCUCUGAACAGCUCAUCUGGUAGAAGCAGUAAUGGGGCAGGCAGCAGUUCUGAUGAAACCAUAAAGAGCAUCCUUGAACAGGCCAGGAGGGAGAUGGAGGCACAGCAGCAGGCCCUCAUGGAGAUGGAGGCUUGUGGGAGAACCUCCACUGCCAGCUCAGGAGUUCAGGUAGAACGUCUGGGCCCCCCCGAGCGCUCCAGGACACUACCUUUACCCAUCGCCAUCAAACAGGAAGAAGGGGGCUGUGUUACUGUGUGCAUGGCCAACUCCAUCAGCAGCCCUCAGACCCCCCUCAGCGUCCUCUCCCCGGCUGCUUUUGUUCAGAACAUCAUCCGAAAAGUCAAAUCAGAGAUUGGUGAAGCAGGCACCUACUUUGAUCAGCACUGGUCUCAGGAGCGUGGAUCUAUGGUGCUCAGUGUUGGAGGUACCUCUCAGCCCUUCAGUUCGGUCUCUCCUUCCUUGUCUUCCUCUUCCUCUGGGCCCUCAACAUUGCCACGGCCCUGGCCACGGCUAGAGAAUGGCGAUGGCCUACCGAACAGCGAGGAGGCCUCUGCUGCGGAGGAUGAGCUGGGUCUGAGCCGACCUGUGGAGGUGAAGGUGGAGUCAGACACCUCGGUGAGCGGUGAGUCCCCAGGACCAGGCUCAGGACGCCUUUCCUACUACCCAGCAUACAUACCCCGUGCACUGAAGCCCACCGUGCCUCCCCUGACACCGGAGCAGUAUGAGAUGUACAUGUAUCGGGAGGUGGACACCAUAGAGCUGACCAGGCAGGUGAAGGAGAAGCUGGCAAAGAACGGCAUCUGCCAGAGGAUCUUUGGUGAAAAGGUGCUGGGACUUUCUCAGGGGAGUGUCAGUGACAUGCUGUCUCGACCUAAACCAUGGAGCAAGCUGACCCAAAAAGGCAGGGAGCCCUUCAUCCGCAUGCAGCUGUGGCUACUGGACCAGCUGGGACAGAGCCACAACCAGCCUCCAAACCAGAGCCACACUCAGGAUAAAAGCCCAGUAACAGCCCAGUCCUCGCCUUCCCCACCUCCUAGCCCGGCAGAGGGUCAUUCCAGUCCGCUGGUGGAGCCUGUCAGUCUCUCCUUUGAGAGCAGCAAAGAAAACCAUCAGCCUGAAAGCCUUGGCUUGGGGUUGCCCACACAUCCAGAAGGAGGGAAGUCCACUCCUAGCUUCAUGGCUCUACAUCAGCCCACAAACCCUGUGGGCAUCCAGGAGUUGGUGGCAAUGUCUCCGGAGCUAGACACUUAUGCCAUCACCAAGAAGGUCAAGGAAGUGCUAACGGACAACAACCUAGGCCAGCGUCUUUUUGGGGAGACUAUCCUGGGUCUGACUCAAGGUUCAGUGUCUGACCUACUCUCCAGACCCAAGCCGUGGCACAAACUGAGCCUAAAAGGCAGGGAGCCAUUUGUUCGCAUGCAGCUUUGGCUCAACGAUCCUCACAAUGUAGACAAACUGAGGGCCAUGAAGAAGAUGGAAAAGAAAGCCUAUUUGAAGAGGCGGUACGGGCUGCUGAGCACCGGCUCUGACAGCGACUCGCCCAGUACUCGCUCUGAGUGUGUGAGUCCAGCUUUGGCCUCGCUGGACUUGUGCCCUUUCAGCCAGGCGAAGAAGCCUCGGGUGGUACUGGGAGCUGAGGAGAAGGAAGCCCUGAGGAAGGCCUACCUGUUGGAGCCCUACCCCUCUCAGAACACCAUCGAGAUGCUGGCCUCACAGCUCAACCUUAAAACCAACACUGUCAUCAACUGGUUCCACAACUACAGGUCCAGGAUGCGACGGGAGGUGUUGAUGGAGGGUCUGCCGGACAAUGACACAGAUGCUGAGCACCAUAGCUACUCCCCCUCCGCAACACGGAGCCCUCAAUCUGAUGGAGAGGAGAGGAGGCUGCAGCAGCCCUCAGGACACAUCCACUCCAGCCUUCCUCUUAGCACCAACACCUCACUGCCUCAUGUCAAACAGGAGGCAACAGACAGAGAAGAUGAUGAGGAGGAAGGAAGGGAAGACUCUAUGAAACAAUCAAGAGUGCAGUGUUUUCCCACAGCUGUAGCAUUCUCACAACUGAAAAGCGAGCACGAGGGCUCCAUCGCUAGCUGUCGCGACCCACACUUAGCCGGCCAAAGUCUGAGGCAGGAAGAGGGGGUGAGCAAUCAGGUUCAGGGGCUCUACCCUGGCACAGUCUCCAUAGAUGGUCCCCAGAGAGCUAUCCAGUCCAGGCAAGACGGGGAAGAGUCGAGAAAGUCACCUGUCGAUCCCGUCAGCUUCAAGGCUUCAUCAGAGCCCUGUCGCAGCAGCCUGGAGGUGUCCCUCAACUCCCCCUCCGCUGCAUCGUCACCUGGCCUCAUGAUGUCAGUCUCCCCCGUUCCGUCCUCCUCUGCUCCCAUAUCCCCUUCGCUGUCCAACCCUGCAUCAGCGAGCACCAAUCACAGCCUGGACGCUAACCCGCUCCCCUCUUUCCAAAGCCCUAAACUCAACAGAAGCACUCAAAGACGCAACGAGAAAAUGGCCAACCUUAAUAACAUUAUUCACAGGCUCGAGAGAGCAGCCAAUCGGGAAGAAACUCUGGAAUGGGAAUUUUGAACCAACUCUCCUUGUUUCUUGUCCAGAUGACCCUUGUGGCACAGGGCAGGUUUAGAUUGAAGCUUCCUGCAGACUGAAAAAGGAGCCUGGCUCCUGAAAGCCUGCCAUCUCAGACUGAUAACUCACAGGAAAUGGGAAUGCAAAGCUCAACAUUAAGCUGAAUUCUCCACAAUUCAGCUGGGGGGG